AUGAACGUCACCGUUAAAGCUACCGUGGCUUCCAAAAGCUCAAGGGGAACUUGGACGAUGAUGUCACAGUUAAAAGUAAACAGCAAGUGGCAGCAUAGAAAACGACACCGUUUAGGUUUGAUGGAGAACGAAAACGGUUACAAGAUGGAGUUCAGAGCCUACACAGACGAGGCGUGGUACACAGUACGUGUUUCAGUUGAGGGAGAGACGCUGAGAGUGAAGUUCCUGGACUUUCCCGACGAAAACGACAAUGCAUUUGAAGCCUCCCAAUUUGGGGAAUGUAAGUACCUCCAUGAUUUCCAGGGUCGCUUCAGACCCCUUUCCAAACAGGCUCAAGACAGCGAGUGUCGAACACUCGAGAAAGGCACCAGGGUCUGUGCGUGUCAGCGGUCCGGCAAGGAUGACCUUAGCUACUACGACGCCCUCGUCGAUGGGGUUAGUCUCCACUCGCGUAUCUUACGUUGGCCAAAUGCGGGAAAUCUGACGGUUACAACAAUUGAGGAUAUCUGCAUAGUUCAACCUGAAGGAGAGCUAGAUCCUGUAUUGGCUUCGUUUCUAGAGAUGGCAAGGGGGAAAGUAGAUUUGUUUUCCUCGUGUUCUGUUUCAGCAUCAAAGGAAGUUUCUUGCAUGGAAAUGGUGCCAGACUGGAACAGAAGCUCAAACACUACUUUUGGAAUUGGUUAUUUUGAACGAAUAGAAAAGGCAAAGUUCCAAGAGAUGUGUGGCUUUUUGAAUAAUCCCAGUUGCAUCAUAACGUCUUCAUCUGGCAGGCCAUGGGUGAUACAUGAAAAGCUAGUGGGGCUAAAAAAAAUUGAAGCAUCAAUAGGAACAUUGAUGCAUAUAUCAAAGAGUAUAUCACAAAAGGGAAAGAAUGGAGCAAGCAACAAUUUGAAGGUUGUGCACUCAGGAACUCAAGAAUUCAAGAUAGCUAGUGAUUUGAGGGAUUUGUUUUUGGAAUUUACUAAUCACCAAAAGAGGCUACACAAGAGACUUGCACUUGAGGAGGGAAGGGUAUUUAAAGCUGAUGAACAACUUGCUUAA